AUGAAGACAUCAGAGAUCGCUUUUUUCGCCGCUGGAUUUGGCCUGGGAGCCCUCGCAGGAUAUUAUGCAUCAAAGAUAUGGAGACAGGCUAAAGGAAAUGAUGGAGAUAUUGAGAGAGAGAGUGUUGAAGUGAGGAGGGAAAUGGAUGAUGAGAUGGAUAGUGAAAUGAGUAAUGAGAAGGGUAAACAACUGAAUGAUGCAAUGGAAAAUGAAACAGACAUAGAAUUGACAAAAGCUCUGGAUAAACAAACCCAAACCGAAGAAGCGUAUUCAUUGGAUAACGACUUGCCUUACGAUGCCGGAAGUACCCCCAAGUAUACACGAGGCUGGAAGGCCGCUCGCAACGAGGACCGGGACCGUCGUCCGGUGAGACAGAGGACGACCGGCGCACGCAGAGACUCCGGUUACAUACAGAGCAAGAACGGAAACGUGAUCACCGAAAUCAAGAGGAAUCCGAAGAUAGUUAAGUACAUCGCAGACAAGAACGGUUUCGCCGUCCGGGAGGACCUGGUGCAGCCCCUGCAGCAGACGAUCGAGAGGACGAGGCUGGAGUCACGCCCCCGCAUCGUGACCGCCCCCCGGACGCCCCUCUCGCAGGUGGUCUCGUCCGCCAUCCGGGUGACUGGCGGCCAGGAGGGGGGCAAGUUCCGCCCCAAGGUCAUCGAUAUGAAAGUGGGCGAUCAGACGGUGGGCUUUCACAAGAUGCAGUACACGCUGGGCGAAGUCAAGAAGGGAUACCUGUGA